UACAUAACUGUUAUGACAAAAGAUAAUAAAGGUCAUGGUUGAUCCAGCCUCGGGGCCUCGGAACUGCCAGUUAGCUCUUUCCAACCCGAUCCUCAGGUCUUUGGCUCUCUAGCGACUUACAUACAUCGCCCGUUAUCAUACCUUUAUUCUCCAUCCUUAAGGACGACGCAAGUCCUGAAACUAUCCAACCCACCAUAUUCCGAAAAGUACCACUUUCUUCCCCCACCAUGGCUGAAGCCAAAGGCUACAACAAGCCAAGUCAUGGACUCUUUCGCUUCAUACCAGACGCAUGGGUUCCGUACGCCGAACUCAUGCGUCUCGACCGUCAGUCAGGAUUCUGGGCCUUCUACUGGCACUACUUGAUAGGGCUUGGUUUUGCCAUCAACAUCCCCCCGUUCUCCCGCGAUAUCGAUUUGAAAACUCUCGGUCUCCUUGCGGCAUACUUGGGAUUAUGGACUACCGUAUUCCGCGGCAUCACCUGCACAUGGAACGACAACUUGGACCAGGACUUGGAUCGCCAGGUAGCUCGCUGCCGAGUGAGACCCAUCCCACGGGGUGCCGUUACGACGGGACAAGCACAUCUCUUUACCGCCAUACAAAUUGCCGUUGGCACCUGUAUCUUGUACCCCUUGGGCGAUUCUGCCUUGGUUCACGCCGCCGUAGAUGGCGCUCUCUUGUUCAUCUACCCCUUCCUGAAGCGCUGCACAAAUUACCCCCAAGUCGAGCUGGGGUUUGGGCUGUCGUAUGCCAUAUUCCUGGUGACGGCGAUGGUCGGGAAGGAUCCGUUGAGUUCUCUGCUGGACCCAUCUUUGGAUCUCUCGACCCGCGUGUCCAAGGUCGUUGAAUCACCACUAUCCCGGUCAGCGGGAUGUCUAUACUUCGCUGGGAUUAUCUGGACCGUCAUCUUCGACACCAUCUACGCUCAUCAGGAUUACCUCGAUGACCUAAAAGCUGGUGUCAAAGGACUCGCCGUACGCCUCGGAAGGAAGGGAACGAAGCCGGCCUGCUACAUGGCGACUGCUGUGCAGCUCUACUUUCUAGUGUUAGCGGGACGGCUUGCAGGUUUUGGCGCACCAUACUACGCUCUAUCGUGUGGCGCAACUGCUGUGCUGUUGGCAAGGAUGAUUUGGACCGUCGAUUUGGAAGACGGCGACAGUUGCGCUUGGGCGUUUGGUCCCGGAAGCGGUUACGUCGGCACCGCAAUCUUCUCUGGGUUAUUGGCCGAUUUCUUUUCCAAGAAGUACGGAUACUGACCGACCAGUUCAGGCAUGUGGUCACUCUUGGUUGUCGACUUGUUGACCCGGUGAAAAUAUGAAGCAAGCAUCUUAACCUUGGGCUCAAUUUAGCAGUUGACUCAAGGACAGCUGUGACUGGAAGGCUGAAGUCGGUAGCAGUCCGGUUUAUAUAGAUAUUAUAUACAAGGAAUGCAAACAAACCAUGAUGCC